ACAGUUUCGAGACGCUGAGGCAAGAUAGAAUAGAAGACAUGGGCGGAUCAAAAUAAUCUGGUUGCCCAAGUGGGCUUGGGCAGCAUGUCUCUGUACCGGCACUGAGUAGCAGCACUGAGCAGGGAGCGAGAGCAUCCGGAAGCAGAGGGACCGUAUCUUCGUCCACUUCUGCACUUUACGCAAGGACGCAGCAUCACGUCCUUGCGUCGAGGACGAGGACGGAACUCAGAAGGACGGAGCGAAGCAGACAGAGGACGACGGGAAUCGACAGACAAACAGUCUCGUCAAGUAAUAGUCACAAAUUUCGCCAAACGCAGCGAGCAAUCAGUCGUUCGAUCGAUCGACUUCAUUUCGAGUGUAUCUGCUGCUGUUGUCGCUGCAGGGAAGAAGAAGAAGAAGUGGCCUAGGGCGUUUAUCGUUCCUUUCGUGGAUCGUCUUGCACGAUAAGCUUCAGCCUUUCUUACCUUCUCUGAGGGGAGGGGAGGAUGGAGAGGAGUUCGGCACGAGGAGCUUCGGGAGGACGGAAAUGGGCCGUGGAGCUCUGUGAUUCCGCUCCAUCGUCGUCGAUAAGAGAUGUGCCCGAUCCACUCGGUUAUUCUCGCACAUCGUUGGAAUUAGAGGAGAGCGCUCCAGGGAAGGCGAAGAAGGAAAUCGAUGCCAACUUUAAGCAGGCCAAAGCAUGGGAAACCGCGCAAGCACCGUUCAAGAACCUGUUUAUGAUAGGGUUUAUGAUGUGGAUGGCGGGUAACACCGUGCAUCUCUUUAGCAUUGGAAUCACCUUCUCAGCACUUUGGCAGCCAAUCAGUGCCCUUCAGGCGGUAAAUAAAACUUUUGAACCCUUCAAAGAUGCCCGAACGGAUACUCUGUUGCCGAAGCUGCUCUUUAUUGCCAUGAAUUUUGCAGGUUUAGGUCUGGGUCUCUGGAAGCUCAAUUCACUUGGUCUUUUACCGACGCACGCAUCCGAUUGGGUUUCCACUCUUGCGCCACCUACUAAUGUUGAGUUCUCAGGAGGUGGAGUACCUCUAUCUUAGUGUGUAACCCUAGUUUCUGAUUGCUCCAGUCACCCUCUAGAGUCUAGAUCGGAUGGCGAGGAAGGGUAGUUGACGACAAUCUGCAUGCGAAGAGGGCUCAAUUAGGCAAUUUGUGUUCCAAUCUUAUUUAUUACACUUCUUCUAUUGUGAAUAAAAUGAUCGUCAGGGACUUUCACGCUGUUAAUUUUUCUUCUCCAUGUAAAGGGUGCAGUGCAUGCAUCCAUCUCAAUGUGCCUUAAAAUGCAUAUAGCGGCUGGUGGUAAAAGCGUGAAAUUCACGUUUUUAAUACUCGCUAGUAGUCGGAUUUAAAUUCUACAUUUCUUAUUUGCAACGCAGCUGAAGGGAUUACUUUAGUAUGGAAAUUUCGACGAAGUGCAGUAGCCUGGUUGAGUGGUUGCUAGAAUCAUGGUUUUGACGCUUAUAUGCAAAUCUUUCUCAGUGCUACUCUGGUGAUCUCGAUGGCCUCCGUGGCCGAUGUGAAUGAGUGUUUCCAAUUUUCACAGGGC